UUUGAAACUAAUUAAUUUAUAAUGAAAUUCUCCUCUAUUAGUUUGUAACUGGUUAUAUUCUCUGCUUUUUGUUUAAAUACCUUUUGAAAUACCUUCUUUCGUUUAUUAGUUUCUAAAUCUCUUUCUUUUUUAAAAAAAUUUGUUCCAUCAUAUAUUUAUUCCAUUAAGCAAAGAUGAAGUUAUUAUAUACCCUUGUGAGUUUCUUUUUACUCGCAUUUACUUUCGCCAAUAUAGCUGAUGUCAGCCUUCAUGAACUUGCUGCUAGAGGUGAAGCCUUAGGAGAUCUUGCUCAAUUAAUUCCAAUUGCAAAAAGAGGUCCAUCUGCAACUGUUCAAGAAGAAGAAGCAACUUUAGUUAAAAGAGGUAGUACUCCACCAGAAUAUUCUGCUCUUACUGUUGCUUGUAAUGUUUUAAACAAUACUGGGUUUGGGGUUCAAACUGAAUAUACAUUAUGUACUCAAUCAGCCACUUCCGGUACCGUCAUCACCACUAUUAAUCAAUAUUUAACAAAGGAAAAUUUAACUACUAUCUUAGAAGCUCUUGAUGAUUCUAAUUUAGCUCUUGAUGUUGUUAUGGCUAUUUUUACUGACCUGUCCUUUGGUUCUGGGUUAUGGACUGUUGUUAAAACAUUAUGGUCUAAUGGUGUUAUUCACUUAAAGCGUGAUGAAAUCGAACUUACUGCUAUUAAUAUAAAACGUGAUCAAGAAGAAAUUGCUUUAAUUGAAGAAGCUAAACGUCAAAAUAUUUCAGUUGAAGAAUUGAAAAAGAGAGGUCUUCUUGAUUUCCUUGGUGGUAUUUUCAAUGUUGCUGAAAUUACUGCCAUUGAUACCUUCAUUACUGCUAUUCAAGCUACUACUAAUCUUGGAAGUAUUUGUGUUUCCCUUGAGAAAUCAGGAUUAGGACUUUCUCUUAUUGAAGAAUUAUUUGGACCAUCCAACAUGCAAUCCUUUGCUGUUCAACUUGUAACAACUAUCAUUCAAGAUAAAACCAUCACCUUGAGUUAUUUAUUAUCUUCAUUAGAACAAUCAGGUAUUGUGACCAGCACUAUCAAGAAAAUUCUUGCCAAUUCAACUGAUGUAAAAAUUAUCUUCCUUUGGGCUGUUAAAUUAUUAGUCAGUUUAAUCAAAUACGUUAUUUAGAAAAGUCUUAUUAUUUAUUCCCCCGGACAAUCAGUCAAUAAAAAUAUUAAAAAUUUAAAAAAAAAAUUCAAUAUCUUCUACGUCACUAUUUUUUUCAGUAUAUUUCAACAUUCUGUAUAUUUAUAUUUAUAUUUAACGCUAUAUAAUUC